AUGACAUCAAGUGGUGGAUUCCGAAUAGACUUGGAUCCAGACACUUAUGGAUCAGGAUAUAAAGAUCCAUUCAUUCAAGAUGAAGAUAAACUAUCAUUAGCAGAUUUAAUACCAAGAAUCUUGAUUGAAAGGAACUCAUUUCUAGAUGUAACUGAGGCUAAUUUACCAGAAGAAAUAGCUAAUGGUAAUAUUGAAGAACUAUUGCAACCAGAUGUUCAAAUAACAGAUGGUUCAUUGGAACCUGAACAAGAAGAUCCUAGUGAAACUUUCCAACAACAACGGAUAAACUUACAAAAGAAUAUCAAUUCAGCCUUGAAUGAAACUUCUUUAUCAUUGGAUUUCGUAUCUUUAUUGAUAUCUGCUGUCAAACCAAAUUUAGCCAAAGCUACUAUAUCUCCUCAUUUGCAAAAAAAUGUACCUAUUGGAUCAUUAAAUUCAGAUCGAUUGAUUCGUAAAGAUGAAGAUGAAGAUGGUGAACCAAGUAGAACAAAUGGUGAUAAGAAGGAUAAUAAUCAUGGAGUAGGACAAGCAUGGAAAGUUCAAUCAUUAAAUAAAAUCACCAGUUUGUUUAGAGAGGCAAGUAUCAAUUUAAAUGAACAAGUUUUAAAAGAAAGAAGAUAUUGGAAUAUGAUUAAUUUGGUGCUUAGCAAUGAUGAAGCAUUGUUUAAAACAAGAGACCCAUAUAAUAAUGCUCGUGCCAUUGGUGUUAAAUAUGGUUAUGGGGAUUCAGGAGCAAGUUUCCGUGAUAAAGGACUUGCAAUUUUAAGAAAAGAUACCACAUCUGGAGAAGUUUCAUUUCAUCCUAUAUCGAAUGUAUCUAAUAAAGUUUCUGAAAAGAAUUUUAAAUAUAUUCGAGUUAAAAUCUUGAGUGAAAUUGAUGGAGAUUUUAUGUUAACAGGACAAUCUAUAUUUGAAAAUAAUUUUAAUAAUAAUUCAAAUGCUCAAAUCAUUAAUGAUAUUGAAAAGGCAAGAUUUUUCUUAUUUGAAGAAGAUUUAUUUUAUCAAUUAACCAGAGAAGCAAAGACUUUGAUUAAUUAUAAUGUAUCGAUUAUAUCUAAUAAAAUCAUUAUUGAAAUUAAUCAUGAGAUUAUUGAAAUUGAAUCAGUAUUCUAUGAUGAAAAUAAUGAUGAUGAAUUAAACAAUUAUUAUCAAAACAUUAAUUCAUAUUCAUCCCUUAAUAAUAAAAAAUGUCAAUUAAUUUUAAUCUAUUUGAAAUUAAUGUUAUGUUGUUAUUUCAAAUAUAAUUUAAAAUUAAAACAAAAAGUACCCACAGCAUUAACCAAAUUCAAACGUUCUAAUACUCAUCCAUUGAUAUUAAGACCAUUAUUAGGAAACAUAAGACAUGAAUUGAAUUUAAACAAUAUGAAAGAAAUCAUUGCCAAUCUUUGUAAGAAAUUCGAUAAUGACAUUGAAUUUAAAAUCAAUAAUAUUGAAAAAUUUGCUAAUCUUAAACAUAAAUCAGCCAAUCCAUUUCAAAAAUCAAUUGAAAGACCACUUUCAGAUGUUAAUUUGAUAUUAAAGAAUAAGAAGAAUAAUCAAUAUUUAAGAAUUGAUUUGGAAUUAACUACCAAUGAAAUAUUCGUUAAUCUAAUCAUUAAUUUAAAUAUCAUAAGGUAUAAGAAUCAUGAUGAUUUUUCAAGUAAUUUGAAUGGGGUUAAUGUUUUACAAAUCAGUUUCAAUGAUUUUAAUGAGAUUGAAGAAUGCUUGGAAUGGACUAUUUUAAACUUUGUAAACUAG